AUGAGGACGUCCUGCGUGGUGCUCACUGCCCUGGUGGCGCUGGCCGCCUAUUACGUCUACAUCCCCCUGCCCGGCUCCCUGUCCGACCCCUGGAAGCUGAUGCUGCUGGACGCGACUUUCCGGGGCGCCCAGCAAGUGAGUAACAUGGUGCACUACCUGGGCCUGACCCAUCACCUGCUCGCACUGAACUUUAUCAUCGGUUCUUUCGGCAAGAAAAGCGCAUGGUCCUCGGCUCGGAUGAACGUGACGGACACGGACUUUGACGGCGUGGAAGUCAGGGUGUUCGAAGGCCCCGCCAAGCCACAAGAGCCCCUGAAACGCGGCGUUGUUUAUAUUCACGGGGGAGGCUGGGCCUUGGCGAGUGCAAGAAUAAGAUAUUAUGAUGAACUGUGUACAGCAAUGGCUGAGGAGUUGAAUGCUGUCAUUGUCUCCAUUGAAUACAGGCUCGUUCCAAAGGUUUAUUUUCCUGAGCAAGUUCACGAUGUUGUACGUGCCACGAAGUACUUCAUGCAGCCGGAAGUCUUACAGAAGUACUCGGUGGACCCAGGCAGAAUUGGCGUUUCUGGCGACAGCGCUGGUGGGAAUUUGGCCGCUGCCCUGGGCCAACAGUUUAGUCAAGAUGCCAACUUGAAAAACAAGCUCAAAGUGCAAGCUUUAAUUUAUCCAGUCCUCCAACCUUUGGAUUUUAACACACCCUCCUAUCAGCAAAAUGUGAACACCCCGAUCCUGCCCCGUUACGUCAUGGUGAAGUACUGGCUGGACUACUUCAAAGGCAACUAUGACUUUAUCCAGGCCAUGAUCGUGAACAACCACACCUCGCUUGAUGUGGAAGAGGCUGCUGCCCUCAGGGCCCGUCUAGACUGGAAGUCCCUCUUGCCUGAGUCCAUCACCAAGAACUACCAGCCUGUUGUGCAGGCCACCGGCAACGCCAGGAUUGUGCAGGAGAUCCCUCAGCUGCUAGAUGCCCGUGCUGCCCCACUCAUCGCCGACCAGGAGGUCCUGCGGAACCUCCCCAAGACCUAUAUUCUCACCUGUGAGCACGACGUGCUCAGAGACGACGGGAUCAUGUACGCAAAGCGCUUGGAGCGCGCGGGUGUGGAGGUGACCCUCGACCACUUCGAGGACGGCUUCCACGGGUGCAUGAUUUUCACCAGCUGGCCCACCAACUUCUCCGUGGGCAUCCGGACUAGGGAUAGCUACCUCAGGUGGCUGGAUCAAAACCUGUGA